AUGCUAGACCCUUGUUCUUUUUAUUUUGCACACGCUAGGCCCUUGCCCUUGUUCUUGCUAUUUUGCACACGCCAUGCCCUUGUUCUUUUUUUUUGCACACGCCACCCCAUUCUCCCGCUUUCCAUCACCCCGCCACAUUCUCCCGCUUUCUAUCACCCCGCCCCAUUCUCCCUCCUUCCAUCACCCCGCCCCAUUCUCCCGCUUUCCAUCACCCCGCCCCAUUCUCCUUCUUUCCAUCACCCCGCCACAUUCUCCCACUUUCCAUCACCCCGCCCCCUUCUCUCUCCUUCCAUCACCACGCCCCAUUCUCCCUCCUUCCAUCACCCCGCCCCAUUCUCCCGCUUUCCAUCAGCCCGCCCCAUUCUCCCGCUUUCCAUCACCCCGCUCCAUUCUCCCGCUUUCUAUCUCCCCGCCCCAUUCUCUCGCUUUCCAUCACCCCGCCCCAUUCUCCCUCUUUCCAUCACCCCGCCCCAUUCUUCCGCUUCCCAUCAUCCCGCCCCAUUCCCCCACUUUCCAUCACCCCUCCCCAUUCUCCCUCCUUCCAUCACCCCACCCCAUUCUCUUGCUUUCCAUCACCCCGCCCCAUUCUCCCGCUUUCCAUCACCCCGCCCCAUUCUCCCGCUUUCCAUCACCCCGCCCCAUUCUCCCUCCUUCCAUCACCCCGCCCCAUUCUCCCGCUUUCCAUUACCCCGCCCCAAUCUCCCUCCUUCCAUCACCCGGCCCCAUUCUCCCUCAUUCUAUCACCCCGCCCCAUUCUCCCGCUUUCCAUCACCACGCCCCAUUCUCCUGCUUCCCAUAACCCCACCCCAUUCUCCCGCUUUCCAUCACCCCGCCACAUUUUCCCACUUUCCAUCGCCCCGCUCCCUUCUCUCUCCUUCCAUCACCCCACCCCAUUCUCCCUCCUUCCAUCACCCCGCCCCAUUCUCCCGCUUUCCAUCAGCCCGCCCCAUUCUCCCGCUUUCCAUCACCCCGCCCCUUUCUCCCGCUUUCCAUCUCCCCGCCCCAUUCUCCCGCUUUCCAUCACCCCGCCCCAUUCUCCCGCUUUCCACCACCCCGCCCCAUUCUUCCGCUUCCCAUCAUCCCGCCCCAUUCCCCCGCUUUCCAUCACCCCGCCCCAUUCUCCCCCUUUCCAUCACCCGCCCCAUUCUCUCGCUUUCCAUCACCUCGCCCCAUUCUCCCGCUUUCCAUCACUCCGCCCCAUUCUCCCGCUUUCCAUCACCCCGCCCCAUUUUCCCGCUUUCCAUCACCCUGCCCCAUUCUCCCGCUUUCCAUCACCCCGCCCCCCCCAUUCUCCCGCUUUCCAUCACCCCGCCCCAUUUUCCCGCUUUCCAUCACCCCGCCCCAUUCUCCCGCUUUCCAUCACCCUGCCCCAAUCUCCCGCUUUCCAUCACCCCACCCCAUUCUCCUUCCUUCCAUCACCCCGCCCCAUCCUCCCGCUUUCCAUCACCCCGCCCCAUUCUCCCGCUUUCCAUCACCCCGCCCCAUUCUCCCUCCUUCCAUCACCCCGCCCCAUUCUCGCGCUUUCCAUCACCCCGCCCCAUUCUCCCUCCUUCCAUCACCCCGCCCCAUUCUCCCUCCUUCCAUCACCCCGCCCCAUUCUCCCUCCUUCCAUCACCCCGCCCCAUUCUCCCGCUUUCCAUCACCCCGCCCCUUUCUCCCGCUUCCCAUAACCCCACCCCCUUCUCCCGCUUUCCAUCACACCGCCACAUUCUCCCGCUUUCUAUAACCCCGCCCCAUUCUCCCUCCUUCCAUCACUCCGCCCCAUUCUCCCGCUUUCCAUCACCCCGCCCCAUUCUCCUGAUUUCCAUCACCCCACCCCAUUCUCCCGCUUUCCAUCACCCCACCCCAUUCUCCCGCUUUCCAUCACCCCGCCCCAUUCUCCCGCUUUCCAUCAUCCUGCCCCAUUCUCCCUCCUUCCAUCACCCCGCCCCAUUCUCCCGCUUUCCAUCACUCCGCCCCAUUCUCCCUCCUUCCAUCACCCCGCCCCAUUCUCCCUCCUUCCAUCACCCCGCCCCAUUCCCCCGCUUUCCAUCACCCCGCCCCAUUCUCCCGCUUCCCACAACCCCACCCCAUUCUCCCGCUUUCCAUCACCCCGCCCCCUUCUCUCUCCUUCCAUCACCCCGCCCCAUUUUCCCUCCUUCCAUCACCCCGCCCCAUUCUCCCGCUUUCCAUCAGCCCGCCCCAUUCUCCCGCUUUCCAUCACCCCUCCCCUUUCUCCCGCUUUCCAUCCCCCCGCCCCAUUCUCCCGCUUCCCAUCACCCUGCCCCAUUCUCCCGCUUUCCAUCACCCCGCCCCAUUCUUCCGCUUCCCAUCAUCCCGCCCCAUUCCCCCGAUUUCCAUCACCCCUCCCCAUUCUCCCUCCUUCCAUCACCCCGCCCCAUUCUCUCGCUUUCCAUCACCCCGCCCCAUUCUCCCGCUUUCCAUCACCCCGCCCCAUUCUCCCGCUUUCCAUCACCCCGCCCCAUUCUUCCUCCUUCCAUCACCCCGCCCCAUUCUCCCGCUUUCCAUCACCCCGCUUCAUUCUCCCUCCUUCCAUCACCCCGCCCCAUUCUUCCUCAUUCCAUCACCCCGCCCCAUUCUCCCGCUUUCCAUCACCCCGCCCCAUUCUCUCGCUUUCCAUCACCCCACCCCAUUCUCCCGCUUUCCAUCACCCCGCCCCAUUCUCCCGCUUUCCAUCACCCCGCUCCAUUCUCCCGCUUUCCAUCUCCCUGCCCCAUUCUCCCGCUUUCCAUCACCCCGCCCCAUUCUCCCGCUUUCCAUCACCCUGCCCCAUUCUCCCGCUUCCCAUCAUCCCGCCCCAUUCCCCCGCUUUCCAUCACCCCUCCCCAUUCUCCCUCCUUCCAUCACCCCGCCCCAUUCUCCCGCUUUCCAUCACCCCGCCCCAUUCUCCCUCCUUCCAUCACCCCGCCCCAUUCUCCCUCCUUCCAUCACCCCGCCCCAUUCUCCCGCUUUCCAUCACCCCGCCCCAUUCUCCCGCUUCCCAUAACCCCACCCCAUUCUCCCGCUUUCCAUCACCCCGCCACAAUCUUCCACUUUCCAUCACCCCGCACCCUUCUCUCUCCUUCCAUCACCCCGCCCCAUUCUCCCUCUUUCCAUCACCCCGCCCCAUUCUCCCGCUUUCCAUCACCCCGCCCCAUUCUCCCGCUUUCCGUCACCCCGCCCCAUUCUCCCGCUUUCCAUCACCCCGCCCCAUUCUCCCGCUUUCCAUCACCCCGCCCCAUUCUCCCGCUUUCCAUCUCCCCGCCCCAUUCUCCCUCCUUCCAUCACCCCGCCCCAUUCUCCCUCCUUCCGUCACCCCGCCCCAUUCUCCCGCUUACCAUCACCCCGCCCCAUUCUCCCUCUUUCCAUCACCCCGCCCCAUUCUCCCGCUUUCCAUCACCCCGCCCCAUUCUCCCUCCUUCCAUCUCCCCGCCCCAUUCUCCUGCUUUCCAUCACCCCGCCCCAUUCUCCCUCCUUCCAUCACCCCGUCCCCCCAUUCUCUCGCUUUCCAUCACCCCGCCCCCUUCUUCCUCCUUCCAUCACCCGCCCCAUUCUCCCGCUUUCCAUCACCCCGCUCCAUUCUCCCGCUUUCCAUCUCCCUGCCCCAUUCUCCCGCUUUCCAUCACCCCGCCCCAUUCUCCCGCUUUCCAUCACCCUGCCCCAUUCUCCCACUUCCCAUCAUCCCGCCCCAUUCCCCCGCUUUCCAUCACCCCUCCCCAUUCUCCCUCCUUCCAUCACCCCGCCCCAUUCUCCCGCUUUCCAUCACCCCGCCCCAUUCUCCCUCCUUCCAUCACCCCGCCCCAUUCUCCCUCCUUCCAUCACCCCGCCCCAUUCUCCCGCUUUCCAUCACCCCGCCCCAUUCUCCCGCUUCCCAUAACCCCACCCCAUUCUCCCGCUUUCCAUCACCCCGCCACAAUCUUCCACUUUCCAUCACCCCGCACCCUUCUCUCUCCUUCCAUCACCCCGCCCCAUUCUCCCUCUUUCCAUCACCCCGCCCCAUUCUCCCGCUUUCCAUCAGCCCGCCCCAUUCUCCCGCUUUCCAUCACCCCUCCCCUUUCUCCCGCUUUCCAUCUCCCCGCCCCAUUCUCCCGCUUUCCAUCACCCCGCCCCAUUCUCCCGCUUUCCAUCACCCCGCCCCAUUCUUCCGCUUCCCAUCAUCCCGCCCCAUUCCCCCGCUUUCCAUCACCCCUCCCCAUUCUCCCUCCUUCUAUCACCCCGCCCCAUUCUCUUGCUUUCCAUCACCCCGCCCCGUUCUCCCGCUUUCCAUCACCCCGACCCAUUCUCCCGCUUUCCAUCACCCCGCCCCAUUCUCCCUCCUUCCAUCACCCCGCCCCAUUCUCCCGCUUUCCAUCACCCCGCCCCAUUCUCCCUCCUUCCAUCACCCUGCCCCAUUCUCCCUCAUUCCAUCACCCCGCUCCAUUCUCCCGCAUUCCAUCACCCCGCCCCAUUCUCCCGCUUUCCAUCACCCCGCCACAUUUUCCCACUUUCCAUCACCCCGACCCCUUCUCUCUCCUUCCAUCACCCCGACCCCUUCUCCCUCCUUCCAUCACCCCGCCCCAUUCUCCCGCUUUCCAUCAGCCCGCCCCAUUCUCCCGCUUUCCAUCACCCCGCCCCUUUCUCCCGCUUUCCAUCUCCCCGCCCCAUUCUCCCGCUUUCCAUCACAACGCCCCAUUCUCCCGCUUUCCAUCACCCCGCCCCAUUCUUCCGCUUCCCAUCAUCCCGCCCCAUUCCCCCGCUUUCCAUCACCCCUCCCCAUUCUCCCUCCUUCCAUCACCCCGCCCCUUUCUCCCGCUUUCCAUCUCCCCGCCCCAUUCUCCCGCUUUCCAUCACCCGCCCCAUUCUCCCGCUUUCCAUCACCUCGCCCCAUUCUCCCGCUUUCCAUCACCCCGCCCCAUUCUUCUGCUUUCCAUCACCCCGCCCCAUUCUCCCGCUUUCCAUCACCCUGCCCCAUUCACCCGCUUUCCAUCACCGGCCCCAUUCUCCCGCUUUCCAUCACCCCGGCCCAUUCUCCCACUUUCCAUCACCCCGCCCCAUUCUCCUGCUUUUCAUCACCCCGCCCCAUUCUCCCGCUUUCCAACACCCUGGCCCAUUCUCUCGCUUUCCAUCACCCCGCCCCCUUCUUCCUCUUUCCACCACCCCGCCCCGUUCUCCCUCCUUCCUUCACCCCGCCCUAUUCUCCCGCUUUCCAUCACCCUGCCCCAUUCUCCCGCUUUCCAUCACCCCGCACCAUUCUCCCGCUUUCCAUCACCCCGCCCCAUUCUCCCGCUUUCCAUCACCCCGCCCCAUUCUCCCGCUUUCCAUCACCCCGCGCCAUUCUUCCGCUUUCCAUCACCCCGCCCCCUUCUCCCUCCUUCCAUCACCCCGCCCCAUUCUCCCUCCUUCCAUCACCCCGCCCCAUUCUCCCGCUUUCUAUCAGCCCGCCCCAUUCUCCCGCUUUCCAUCACCCCGCCCCUUUCUCCCGCUUUCCAUCUCCCUGCCCCAUUCUCCCGCUUUCCAUCACCCCGCCCCAUUCUCCCGCUUUCUAUCACCCCGCCCCAUUCUCCCGCUUCCCAUCAUCCCGCCCCAUUCCCCCGCUUUCCAUCACCCCUCCCCAUUCUCCCUCCUUCCAUCACCCCGCCCCAUUCUCCCGCUUUCCAUUACACGCCCCAUUCUCCCGUUUUCCAUCACCUCGCCCCAUCUCCCGCUUUCCAUCACCUCGCCCCAUUCUCCUGCUUUCCAUCACCCCGCCCCAUUCACCCACUUUCCAUCACCCGCCCCAUUCUCCCGCUUUCCAUCACCCCGCCCCAUUCUCCCACUUUCCAUCACCCCGCCCCAUUUUCCCGCUUUCUAUCACCCUGCCCCAUUCUCACGCUUUCCAUCACCCUGCCCCAAUCUCCCGCAUUCCAUCACCCCGCCCCAUUCUCCCUCCUUCCAUCACCCCGCCCCAUUCUCCCGCUUUCCAUCACCCCGCCCCAUUCUCCCGCUUUCCAUAACCCCGCCCCAUUAUCCCUCCUUCCAUCACCCGCCCCGUUCUCCCUCCUUCCAUCACCCCGCCCCUUUCUCCCUCCUUCCAUCACCCCGCCCUAUUCUCCCGCUUUCCAUCAGCCCGCCCCAUUCUCCCGCUUUCCAUCAGCCCGCCCCAUUCUCCCGCUUUCCAUCACCCCGCCCCAUUCUCCCGCUUUCCAUCACCCCGCCCCAUUCUCCCGCUUUCCAUCACCCCGCCCCAUUCUCCCGCUUUCCCCCGCCCCAUUCUCCCGCUUUCCAUCACCCCGCCCCUUUCUCCCGCUUUCCAUCUCCCCGCCCCAUUCUCUCGCGUUCCAUCACACGGCCCCAUUCUCCUGCUUUCCAUCACCCUGCCCCAUUCUUCCGCUUCCCAUCAUCCCGCCCCAUUCCCCCGCUUUCCAUCACCCCUCCCCAUUCUCCCUCCUUCCAUCACCCCGCCCCAUUCUCCCACUUUCCAUCACCCGCCCCAUUCUCCCGCUUUCCAUCACCUCGCCCCACUCUCCCGCUUUCCAUCACCCCGCCCCAUUCUUCUGCUUUCCAUCACCCCGCCCCAUUCUCCCGCUUUCCAUCACCCUGCCCCAUUCUCCCGCUUUCCAUCACCCCGCCCCAUUCUCCCGCUUUCCAUCACCCGCCCCAUUUUCCCGCUUUCCAUCACCCCGCCCCAUUCUCCCGCUUUCCAUCACCCCGCCCCAUUCUCCCGCUUUUCAUCACCCCGCCCCAUUCUCCCGCUUUCCAACACCCCAGCCCAUUCUCUCGCUUACCAUCACCCCGCCCCCUUCUUCCUCCUUCCAUCACCCCGCCCCAUUCUCCCUCCUUCCUUCACCCCGCCCCAUUCUCCCGCUUUCCAUCACCCUGCCCCUUUCUCCCGCUUUCCAUCACCCCGCCCCAUUCUCCCGCUUUUCCAUCACCCCGCCCCAUUCUCCCUCCUUCCAUCACCCCGCCCCAUUCUCCCGCUUUCCAUCACCCCGCCCCAUUCUCCCGCUUUCCAUCACCCCGCCCCCUUCUCCCUCCUUCCAUCACCCCGCCCCAUUCUCCCUCCUUCCAUCACCCCGCCCCAUUCUCCCGCUUUCCAUCACCCCGCCCCAUUCUCCCGCUUUCCAUCACCCCGCCCCUUUCUCCCGCUUUCCAUCUCCGUGCCCCAUUCUCCCGCUUUCCAUCACCCCGCCCCAUUCUCCCGCUUUCCAUCACCCCGCCCCAUUCUCCCGCUUUCCAUCACCCCGCCCCCUUCUCCCUCCUUCCAUCACCCCGCCCCAUUCUCCCUCCUUCCAUCACCCCGCCCCUUUCUCCCGCUUUCCAUCACCCCGCCCCACUCUCCCGCUUCCCAUCAUCCCGCCCCAUUCUCCCGCUUUCUAUCACCCCGCCCCAUUCUCCCUCCUUCCAUCACCCCGCCCCAUUCUCCCGCUUUCCAUCACCCCGCCCCAUUCUCCCGCUUUCCACCACCCCGCCCCCUUCUCCCUCCUUCCAUCACCCCGCCCCAUUCUCCCUCCUUCCAUCACCCCGCCCCAUUCUCCCGCUUUCCAUCAGCCCGCCCCAUUCUCCCGCUUUCCAUCACCCCGCCCCUUUCUCCCGCUUUCCAUCUCCCUGCCCCAUUCUCCCGCUUUCCAUCUCCCCGCCCCAUUCUCCCGCUUCCAUCACCCCGCCCCAUUCUCCCGCUUCCCAUCAUCCCGCCCCAUUCCCCUGCUUUCCAUCACCCCUCCCCAUUCUCCCCUCUUCCAUCACCCCGCCCCAUUCUCCCGCUUUCCAUCACCCCGCCCCAUUCUCUCACUUUCCAUCACCGCGCCCCAUUCUCCCGCUUUCCAUCACCCCGACCCAUUCUCCCGCUUUCCAUCACCCCGCCCCAUUCUCCCUCCUUCCAUCACCCCGCCCCAUUCUCCCGCUUUCCAUCACCUCGCCCCAUUCUCCCUCCUUCCAUCACCCCGCCCCAUUCUCCCGCUUUCCAUCACCUCGCCCCAUUCUCCCUCAUUCCAUCACCCCGCUCCAUUCUCCCGCUUUCCAUCACCCCGCGCCAUUCUCCCGCUUCCCAUAACCCCACCCCCAUUCUCCCGCUUUCCAUCACCCCGCCACAUUUUCCCACUUUCCAUCACCCCGCCCCCUUCUCUCUCCUUCCAUCACCCCGCCCCAUUCUCCCUCCUUCCAUCACCCCGCCCCAUUCUCCCGCUUUCCAUCAGCCCGCCCCAUUCUCCAGCUUUCCAUCACCCCGCCCCUUUCUCCCGCUUUCCAUCUCCCCGCCCCAUUCUCCCGCUUUCCAUCAGACCGCCCCAUUCUCCCGCUUUCCAUCACCCCACCCCAUUCUUCCGCUUCCCAUCAUCCCGCCCCAUUCCCCCGCUUUCCAUCACCCCUCCCCAUUCUCCCUCCUUCCAUCACCCCGCCCCUUUCUCCCGCUUUCCAUCUCCCGCCCCAUUCUCCCGCUUUCCAUCACCCGCCCCAUUCUCCCGCUUUCCAUCACCUCGCCCCGUUCUCCCGCUUUCCAUCACCCCGCCCCAUUCUUCUGCUUUCCAUCACCCCGCCCCAUUCUCCCGCUUUCCAUCACCCUGCCCCAUUCACCCGCUUUCCAUCACCCGCCCCAUUCUCCCGCUUUCCAUCAGACCGCCCCAUUCUCCCGCUUUCCAUCACCCCACCCCAUUCUCCCGCUUUUCAUCACCCCGCCCCAUUCUCCCGCUUUCCAACACCCCGGCCCAUUCUCUCGCUUUCCAUCACCCCGCCCCCUUCUUCCUCUUUCCAUCACCCCGCUCCAUUCUCCCUCCUUCCUUCACCCCGCCCCAUUCUCCCGCUUUCCAUCACCCUGCCCCAUUCCUCCGCUUUCCAUCACCCCGCACCAUUCUCCCACUUUCCAUCACCCCGCCCCAUUCUCCCGCUUUCCAUCACCCUGCCCCAUUCUCCCGCUUUCCAUCACCCCGCGCCAUUCUUCCGCUUUCCAUCACCCCGCCCCCUUCUCCCUCCUUCCAUCACCCCGCCCCAUUCUCCCUCCUUCCAUCACCCCGCCCCAUUCUCCCGCUUUCCAUCAGCCCGCCCCAUUCUCCGGCUUUCCAUCACCCCGCCCCUUUCUCCCGCUUUCCAUCUCCCUGCCCCAUUCUCCCGCUUUCCAUCACCCCGCCCCAUUCUCCCGCUUUCCAUCACCCCGCCCCAUUCUCCCGCUUCCCAUCAUCCCGCCCCAUUCCCCCGCUUUCCAUCACCCCUCCCCAUUCUCCCUCCUUCCAUCACCCCGCCCCAUUCUCCCGCUUUCCAUUACACGCCCCAUUCUCCCGCUUUCCAUCACCCCGCCCCAUUCUCCUGCUUUCCAUCACCCAGCCCCAUUCACCUGCUUUCCAUCACCCGCCCCAUUCUCCCGCUUUCCAUCACCCCGCCCCAUUCUCCCACUUUCCAUCACCCCGCCCCAUUCUCCCGCUUUUCAUCACCCCGCCCCAUUCUCCCGCUUUCCAACACCCCGCCCCAUUCUCCCGCUUUCCAUCACCCCGCCCCAUUCUCCCGCUUUCCAUCACCCUGCCCCAUUCUCCCUCCUUCCAUCACCCCGCCUCAUUCUCCCUGCUUCCAUCACCCCGCCCCAUUCUCCCGCUUUCCAUCACCCCGCCCCAUUCUCCCGCUUUCCAUCUCCAGGACCACGCAAGCUCUAAGACCAGGUAA